UGUGUGACUGUACUACUGCCGGACAGCAAUCCCUGACCUCGGCGUCGAGAGGCUCUUCCGGAGAAAGGACGCGGAGACCCCGGAACCUCGAGUCUGGGUGGGCCCUACCCUACUCCCCUCGGGCGGCGGCACUGUGGCGCGCGGCUGACAGGCGCAGCGAAAGGCAGCCCUCUGCCAUAGAAAAGCAGAGGCCGGGACGACUGGUCCGGAGCGGGAGCUGAAGCUGUGCUGCAGCAGCGGGACACUGCGACUGGCAGCGUGCUUGAGAGGCAGCGGCUCUGAGUGGAACAAGCCACAGGAUGUCACAGAAAGAUGUCUCCCGGGAAGAGGCGGGUUAAAGGAGGAGUCUCAGUCACCAUGGAGGACUCACACCCCGAAGACACCAUGGAGCAACAGGAUUCACCCAAGGACAGGAGGCCCAGCAGCCCAGGAGGCAACAUCUGCCACCUAGGGGCCCCGCAGUGCACCCGCUGCCUCAUCACCUUCGCCGAUUCCAAGUUCCAGGAGCGUCACAUGAAGCGGGAGCACCCAGCGGACUUCGUGGCCCAGAAACUGCAGGGGGCUCUCUUCAUCUGCUUCACCUGCGCCCGCUCCUUCCCCUCCUCCAAGGCCCUGAUCAUCCACCAGCGCAGCCAUGGUCCAGCAGCCAGGCCCUCCUCACCAGGUGCACCCACCACUGCCCAGCCCACCUUCCCUUGUCCUGACUGUGGCAAGACCUUUGGGCAGGCUGCUUCUCUGAGGCGGCACCGCCUGGUGCAUGAGGCCCGCACCCACCCUGGUCCCUUUGCUUGUACAGAGUGUGGUCAGGACUUUGCCCAGGAAGCAGGGCUCCAUCAACACUAUAUUCGACAUGCUCGGGGGGAGCUCUGAGUACAGUGUAAGCCCUCCACAGUGCUUAAGAUGCGCACUCUGGUUGGUGGGACCCACCCAUGAUAAGGGCACAGGUCUUCUGGGGGCUUUGAAGGGAUUUGCUUCCCACCCUGGGAAGGCAAAAAGGCUCUGGACAAAUAGGACCCAGAAGGUUGUCAUUUAGACUUUCAGUCUUUAGCAGACAUAGGUCCUUUAGGGAAACAGUGAAAUCAGCAAACAGUGAGAUCUUUUUAAGAAAAUGAGCAAGGAAAAAAAAAAAAGAAGAAAAAAAUGCACAAUAGAGAAGGAAAAAUUAUUCUCCCUCAUUCCCAGUUAAAUAACUAGCUGCAGAUUGUGUAAUCACCUUUAAUGUUUCCCAGAUGGGUGCCAUGGGCUGCAGGAGCAAAUUGCCCUAGAUCUGUGCCUGAGUAGGGGGCAGGGAAGGGCGGUGCUGCUAUCCUGUAAUGAGACUGGGUGCGUUCCAGAACUGGAGCAACCUGGGUAUUUGGGGAUGGGGCAGCAAGGUGGGAGCCAGACCCCAAGUCAAAAGGCAUUGCAGUUUAGGUCCUGUCUCCUCCCUGUCUGCCAGCCCUCCCCACUCAGAGAGCAGCCAUGGCAUUGGAUGACACAAGAGCAUUAUGCCCUAUUUAAAUAAUUUUGUGUACCAUUCUAGGAAUGGGAUUUUUUUUUUUUAAUAUAUGUGUAGGGGAGAUGGCAUGAAUAAGCUAACAGGAAUAGUAUCUAAAAACUAAACAUCCAUAUUAAAAUGUCUAAACAGGGAGCUCUGGCUUUUGAGUGGGAAUUGCUAGAGAACAUAAGGAUGUGGGGAGGAGGGAGCUCAGGGCAGAGUUGGCCUAGUCCUGUAGGGAAACUAGUUUGGAGUCAAACAGAGAUACCUUCUGCUUCAUGUUUCAUUUGGCCAACACUGGGAGAUUUCCCAUUAAGAUCCUAUUUUCAGUUCUCUUGAAAAGACCAGGACUUACACUGUCAGCAGGGCAAAAGCUACAAGCUGCAGCUAAGCGGUGAGUGUCGCCCUCAACCGGAGAUAAGUCCUUCCAGGCCCAUUUUAGUCCCUAACAAUGCCUGCCCUGCCUCUGGAGACAAUAGCUGAUGCUCUGCAUUCAUUGCUCAGGCUGUAUUUGAAUUGAGGGAUGUUUUUUAAAUCCACAGGUGAGGUGGUUAUGGGAGAAAUUGAUAGCUCUCUCAAUUUUUAGUUAGGCAUAUGGGAGCACAAGACCACACAUCCCAGACUCCCCUGCAGCUAAAUGUGGUCAUGUGGCUGAGUUCUGGCUAAACUCCUAGGUAAAAUAGUCAGGCCUGAAAAAGGUACAUGUCCUUCCUCUAAUUGGAAUGUGGACACGGUGCCCAGCCACCUUGGACUGUGAGUACAAGAGCAGUAUAUGGGACGGCAGAGCAACAACACAGCAGGAGCCUGGGUCUCUGGCCAACCUCACAGGAUGUCACCAUACCAGCCACCAUUCUGAUAACAUGUAAGAGAAGCAACUGUAUCUUGUUUAAGCCACCAUAAUUUUGGGUCUCUUGUUUUAGGCAGCAGAAUUUCAAGCCCAAGGCAGGAGUCUGCAAACUAUGGCAAAAUCAAGCCAGCUGCUGCUGAGUUUUACAAAUAAAGUUUUAUUGGAACGUA